AUGGUGGGGCAUUUCCCCCCAAUCUUAGGAGAGAUUCCAGCCAUCCCCGACCCACUCAACGUCGUGGGAAGUGGUGAUGAAAAUCCAUGUGAAAGGACGGAGACAACCAAUCCCGUUUACCCGCCGGCCGGAGAAGCCCCACCUCCCCUCUCCCAUUGGUCCUCAGGAAAAGACCACCGAGUUGAAAGCUCCGCCCUCAUUUUCCUAGAGCUAUCGCAGAAGUGCACCGCGCGGCCGGAGCUGACCCUGUCCUCCGCGCCCGUCGCUCAGGCUGGUGCGAGUUACUCUCGGCGGGUUCCGGUUGCCGGGGAGUCACGUCUUCAGCCCUUCUUCCCGGCAAAGGAGUCCUCAGAUGGCCAUCUGCGGCCUCCGGUGAGCGGACUUGUGCUCCUGGCACGGCGGCUGCAGGCGAGAAGGGGCGAGAAGGCGGGGACUUCUGUGUCUGGGUCCCGGGGUCCCGCUCGUCUGCGCAUGCUCUUUCGGGACGUCCGCGUCCUCCGAUGCGCGUACGGGUGGCGGAAAGUUCCUCGCAGGCCGAGGCCAACCUUCGGCCCCUGCGGGAGUGGGUCUGGAACCUCUGGGUUUGCCUUAGGCUUCAGGUUAUGUGUCUUCCGUUUCGACAUUUCUGGAUCCUCUGGGUCACUCCCUGCGAGAGGAGAAUCGAAACCAGACACGGAGCAUACUGAAAAUGCCGGAGAAGCGUGUUGCCAACGCGCGCCCGGGGAGAGUGGUUCCCGGGGUGCUUCGGGAAAGGGCGACGCGGAUGAGCCCGACUGCACCCAGCCAAGGGGCGGGAGCAGAACCGGGUUAUUUUAGCCAUCUUAAGAAUGAGGUCUCCCAUCAAUAUCUCGGCUUAAAGCCUCGGGAUCAAGGAAAAGAAUCAGACACUGAAGCAUAGAAAAGCUGAAGUGUGUCCCGCAGGACGAUUCCUGGCGAGCUGCGGAGUAGCCGGAUGGCCCCUAUGCAGUAUUUUCCCUGCUCUAGUU